AGCAGCUAACCUUUCAUGUCGCGCAAUAAUACUUAUUCCCGCAUAGCAUAAUUCAAUAUAUUUGGAAACAUGAGAGCUAGCAAUUCAUUUGAUAUUAAUAUGAAAUAAAUUAAACAAUAAAUUACAAAUAAAAUUUAACCGAAAUAUUCAAAAUCUGUUUUUAAUAAGCUUCGCGGCAUAUUUGUCGAAGAAGAGUGAGCAGGUCAUUGUUUAGACAUGGCGGAUGGAGUGAAAUUAGUUGAUAGCCACUAUGUAAAACAUAGUAAACCACAUUCGGGGCAUAUUCAUAAAGGUAGUUAAAUUAGAGAAUUUUUAGUGGAAAUGUAAACAAUAAAAGAUGUAUUUAAUAAUUGUAUGGUCCUCAAAUUUAAUUUAUAAAGUUAUAUAAGUUAUAUCAUUUAUAAGUUAUAUGAUUACAAGUUCUGGUUCUGGUAAUGUUUCGUUGCUGCAUCCAUGUACUGAAUUGUACUAGCAUCUUUGCAACGGUUGGGGAUAUGAUGUUGCUAUUCUAACAGCUCCUAGUUGAUGCCAGGGCAGCCUUGAAACUUUCGACCAAUGUCGAGUUCACAGUGGCAUCGUUCAGGUGGUUCCAUGCUAUUAUUGUGGGUGGGAAGAAAGAUUGUUGAUACUGCAAUGUGUUGCACCGAGGCACUUUGAAGCAUUUGUUAUUGUUUCUGGUGUAAUUGUUUAUGGGAAUGUCAGUGGUGAAGUCAGUGUUCAGUGAGCGUUUUGCUCUGAUCAGUCUACUCGGCUUCUGUGGGGUGAGGUACAUGCCUGCUGGGAUGGCCGGUACGAGUCCCAUGAUCACUUUAUAUAAGAAUAAAAGUAAACUAAAAUUAAUUUGCAUUAUUACUUGAUAUUGAUAGGCCUAUGAAAUAAUAUUUAAUUUAAAUAAUAUAUUAGGCCUAAUUUAUUGUUAGAAUUUAUAAUUAUAGUGAAUGAUUCAUGAUAUUUAUGGAUUACAUUCAUUAUAAUCAUAUUUUUAUAUCAGUGACAUAGGCCUGACUAGGGGCCGUCCAUAAAGUACGUCACUCUAUUUUUGACCAUUUUAAACCCUUCCACCUUCCCCCCGUCACAAACUGUCACAAAUCUCGGACCCCCCCCCCCCUCUAAAGUACGUCACACUUUCGAACAAAUUUUUUUUUUCAAUUAACACCUAAUUAAAAUUUAAUCUAAAACACACUUCACUAUUAAACUGUAUUAAAAUAUAAAAUUUCCACUUAAAAGAACUAUCACAUUAUUAAAAUUACUUACUUUAUUAGUAGAAUAGUUAAUUGUCAACAGUUGUCACAGUUAUUCAUUGAAGCAGUAACUCAAUCUAGAUUGAAUUUGAAAACAAAAAUUGCAAAAAUUAGACUAGACAAUAAUAUAAUACACAUCAUUUAUCUGCUGAUUUUUCAUUUACAAAAUGUGAGGUCAAUUUUAGAUAAUUUCUGAUUAUGCAAUCUUUUUACACAGGAUAAGAACUAGAUGAGCGAAACUUGACCUCACCCAGUGAUUUAAUAAUAAAAAGGAAACAAAACAAUUUCACUAAAAAAAGACUAGAUUGACAAAUUAUGUGACAAACUCUUGUGCUAUAUUGAAUAUGUUUAUUAUGAGCCUGUGAAUUAUGUUUAAUUAAAAAAUUUUCACUGGACAUCAUCCAUCCAUGGUGACGUGAAGUGUUCAUCCAUAGUUACGACUGGCAUCAAUCUUUCACCAUCAUUGUUUCCUAGAAGGAUAAUUGCAGACAGAUCAACUUCAUCCUCAUGAAACCACUCAACAUCCUCUGAAUGUGCAUUUUCUCUUCUGGCAAUAACUGCGAUGAGUUCUCUUUGCCUUCUAGCAGCGAUUCUCAAAGGACUGAUGCGUUUUAUCUGAGUUGAUUCUAUAACAGUUUGGGUUGACACAUUCUCCUGAGCCCGAGCUCCAUGUUGUCCUGCAUGUUUCUUCAACAUUGUUUGUGAGGCAAAGUAUAAGUGACAUACUUUGCAAAUUCGAUCAAGUAAGCUGGUCUGCAAAGAUGGAAAAUAAAGAUCAUAUAAAUGUACUUUGAAAACUCCUGUUGAUCUCGGCAAGGCUAUACAUAAAACAAGGCUACGCAACAGCAUAGUAGGGCUCCUAGCGAGAGGAGUUGUGAACAACACAUUCAGGAGAUACGCUUUUUUGAACUAAUUCAAAUGUUUCACAAAAUUAUUUUUGAAAAUUAUUUUUAAAGCUAUUAAAUUCUACUAAAAAAAGAAAUUAGAAAUAAAAUUUAAAAAAAUAAAUGUGUGACGUCACACAUGGCCUGACAUCCCCCCUCCCCUCUGUCACAAACUGUCACACUUUCUUACACCCCCUCCCCCACUCUGGAGCGUGACAUACUUUAUGGACGGCCCCCUAGCAAGGAAUUCAAACAAUAGAUAAAAAACAAAUAAAUACACAAACAAUAAAUACAACAAAUUUGCAAACUCACUACACUCUACAGCUGACUGAAACUGAAAGUGAAAUGCAAACAAAAUUGGCACAGAGAAAAAUGGCUAAGCAGAAUAAUUACACUAGUAGUUGUAGUAAUAUAUUCAAUUUUUGAAUAUGACAAUACUUCACAUAUCAAUGUAUAAAUCAGUCUUGUACAAUCAUACUUAAGGAUGUACAGGUGGACAAAAUGCAGGCAAAUUUUCCUGUUCAACGAGAGAACUACCCAGAAAUCGUUACAAUGUUUUAACAAGUUUUAGAAUCGCUUCACAAAUUCAUUGCUUGAUAAAUUUUGUUUAAAUCCCUAUUUGAUGAACACUUUUAAACUCUGCUGCUUGGUUAAUUUUGUUUCCUUAAGGUAAUGAUAACAAAAAAUAUAAUGAUUUCAGGUCAUGCAAUUGUUGCUGCAAAUGCUUCUAUACCAACAAAGUAUCAGACAAUAAUAACCGAAAAUAGUGACAAGAGAGGUUUCCUAACUAAAGCCAAACGUUUUAAAGAUGAUUCGUUUUUGGUAAGAAACUAUUUUAUUUCAUUAUAUUUCAUUCAAUAACUGAUCAAUCUUAACAUUUUUUCAUUCUACACUAAAAUGAUGAUAAUUGCAAAUUAUAAUUUUUGGCUUUUUUUAAAUGUUUGCAACCAUAAUUGUUAUUCUCUCAUGUUGCAGACAGAAGCACCAGCUCCAGGCACAUAUGGUGAUGUAAAUAUAUUAGACACUACUAACCCAUCACUUUCUAAGAAGGGAACUGGAUCAUUUGCUUCUAAGGUUAAACUUAUAAUAUAUUCAUGCAUGAUUACAUCUCAUCUACACCAUGUUUAGUUGGCUGAAAGAGAUUCAGUGCAUAACCUGUUGUAGCAGAUUAAAUAAAUUUAAUAACAUUUUAAAAGUAAUACCUGUAUUUAAUGGACAAUACAAUUAAAAGCAAUACAUAUAUUUGAUGAGACAAAUUUGUCAUUUAUAAAGUAAAUUUUUAAACUUUGUUACUGUUGGUGUGAGUUAUGAUUCUUCUAUUAAAAUAUAUGAAUCUUUUGCACAAAAACCAAUUGAUUUCUUCUAUAACAAUUGCAAAAUCUGUCAAUCAAGUUAAGUUGUUUAUUAAGAUGUAUUAAAGGUUAAAAAAGGUUGGCACUUGAAGUUCAAAGUUUUACUCUAUAAUUAAGUGAAUCAUUCACUGAAUGGCUUGGUUUUAAAAAUAUUUUGACAUCACUAGAUUUUUUGGUUCAAUUUGUACAUUUAUUUUCACAUAUUAAUUAAUUAAUGACCAAACUUUGAUACACUUUAAUAUCAGUUGCAUUCAAUUUUGAUUUAUUGAUGCAGUCCAAGCGCCAGUUGAACUAUACAUUCUCAAGUGGUCCUGGACCUGGUAUCUAUGCACUCCCAAGUCUUCUCAGCACGAGAAAAGAUUUCAAUAAAUGUCAGGUUGAGAGACUGUUCCAGCUUCCUAUCGCCCAGACUGUUGAAAAAAACAAUGGAAUUCCUGCGCCGAACACCUAUGAGGUGAUUAAUUUUCUUUAAUAACUUAAACAGCUAAAUCUCUAGACUUCACAUUUCCAUGACCACCAACAGAAUGUUGUAUAAUAUUAUGAAUAUUUUGUACGGGAAUGCCCUAAUUUCUAAUUAGUACCGGUACACAUUUAUUUUUGGAGUUUAGUCAGUGCACAUUCACUCAAGCAAUAUAUAUGUUAAUAAACAAAAAACAUUUAAAAAAAAAAUGAUAACCUAUGUUAUCUGACUCAGGCGCAUAAUUGUUCAUGAUAAUUACAUAUUCCAUCAUGUCAAUAAUUACCAUUAAUUCCAUACAAUCAAUCUUAUUUUCUUUUAAGAUUGGUUACAUACCUCAAACCACAAGUUUAUGGUAAAUAGGCAUGACUCUUUUUCAACAAUAAUUUUUUUGGUCUGCCUUGCUGUUAGGUAAGUCAGCAAAUGUGAUAUAAAAGUAAUCAAACUAAUUUCAGAUUGUAUGAGCUUAAAGACAGCACAUUAAUCUUUCUGUUGCAAAAUUUUGCAAAAUGCAUUAGAUGUCCCAAAAUUUGUUGAUGAAUAAUCCCAGAGAAUUUUGUGACCCAUUCAUUUUGGAAAAUCCCAGGACAUUCUAGGGGGACAAAUUAUGUUUUACUGCUGACUAACUUGUUCUCAGAGCUACUUCUCUGUUUCUCACCCUCAUCUACAAGUGAAUCAUUGGCCCCGAAGCUAGACACUAUCAUUACCCAUCAAUGAUACUUUGUGUCGUUAGAUACUAUCAGUCAAUGAUACUAUGUGAUGCUAUGCACUAUCUGUCUAUGAUAUUCUGUCACCUUAUAGAUUUUUAAAGCCACAUACUAUCAGUCAAUGAUACUCUUUAUCCCUAUAGCUUUGUGAGACCUCACUCUAUCAGAAGUUGCUUCGAACUAGUAUAUUGGAUUUUUGUGAGCUUCAUUUUGACCAAUAUUGAUUUGAUCAUUGGUGGUAAUCUUGAAUGCCUUUUUUGGGUGAUAAUCAAGAAAAAUAUAAGGUGAAAAAGUCAAGCAUGCAUUGGGAAAUGUAACUUACAUUCAUUAAAUUUAAGAUUCAAAACAUUAGUUGUGUUGGUCACAUUUUAACAGUCCACUCAAACAUGGGCAUAAAGUUAUUGUCAUUAAAACUUGAACUUCAUUGCACAUUUUCGGAAACAAAAAUAAUUAUGUGGCAUUCAUUUUUUAUUUACUAACCAAAUGAACUUAUCAGGGCUGCUAAAUAUUUAUUUUGCUUCUUGAAGGUAUUAAAAUGUAGUGUUGGUAAAAGUAAUAACGUCACAGCCAAUGCAUCAUUCAAGUCAAAAUCAAAACGUGAGUUCAUGGAACUCUCUGAACAGAAGAAUAAUCCAGCACCAGGUAAACUCUAUCAUUCAAUAUCAAGGAUUUUAUUUAGCUUUUUAGAUUUAUGGUUAUUAAAUUUAACAAAAGCCAAAUUCAUAACUAUAAAUAUAUUUAUAUACACCCCCUCCUAAAAAUUAAAAAAAAAAAAAUCGCACAAACAACACCCAAAGUGUUUUCUCGUCCAAAUAGAUUAAAUAAAAAGGCUGUAACCAGCUGUAACGGGUUGCCCCAGGCAAGAAAUCUGUUUUAAACAUGAAAAUCUAAUUGUGUAUGAUAAUCAUCACUUCAUCUCUUUCUAUAACUUAACUGAAUUAUUUAUCCAUGAUUUUAUUCACAUUUCUUUCCAUUUAUUCAGGUCAAUACCAAGUGAAUGAUCAAAUACUGCACAACAGUACAAAAAUACCCUUUUCAAGUUUCAAGUCAAAAUCAAAACGACAGAUUCAGGCUAAAAUAGAUAAUGCAAGUAGAAACUCACUUUUUUAAAAAGUCAUUGAAUUGUUUAAAAAACUACCUUACAAGUUGCAGUUACAGGAUAGAAUAAAUAUUUUUAAAAUUCAAACGAAAAAUAUCACCAACUCAAUUCUUACUACUUGUAUGUUGUAGAUACCAGGACCUGGGGCAUAUGACCCUGAUGGACCAGUGGAGCAUCCACCAAAACUUAUUUUCCCGUAUGUAUUUUCUUGAAGCUCUCAUUGCACUUAAAGUACAUAAAAGCUUAUUAAGUUGUUUUGACCUACCAUUACUUAAUUACUUAAUAUGGGACUGAAACUUGUUUUAUAUAUCUUAGUGAACAGACAACAAACAAAUGUAAUAAAAGAUGACAAACAUCUGCCCAAAUUUUUGUCUUUAACUAAAAGCUAUUUAAAAUAUUUGAAAAAACAAGAUUUUUGUACAAUUUAAUUAUUUUAAUCUAAUAUUUUAAUAUAUAAAAUAGAGACUGACCAAAUAUAAAUUUGUCUGAUUUUGCCAGAAACUGAAACUAAACCAAAAGUUAAAACUGACAUUCGCCCGAAACCAAAAGCUUAACAAGACUUUCAGCUGAAAUUGAAAGAUUUAUAUAUUUUGAACCUUUUUUGAACAAUGAUGGGGUACCGUUAUUUAAAUUUUAAAAAUAAAAAAUGAGAUUAUCUUGAAUUUUAAUAGAUAGAAGUCGCUAGACUUCGUACAAAAUAAACCCUUGGCUCGCCUUUGCUUUUAUAAUAUAAUUACAACACUACCUAGACAUUUGGUAGCGAUUGAAAGCUUAGCAUAUGUAUUUUUUUUAUUGGUAUGGCCCACUAAAAUGUCCAGACACAAGCCUUGAAGGAACUCAAUUAUCAUUUACCUGCUAAUUUUUUAUUUGACCCAGAUUAAGCAAAAGCUGAAUGAAUGUUGAGUUACCUUUAGUAUGAUAACAAACAUGCAGUUCAUUAUAUGAAACAGUGAUACAUGUACAUGUUUAUGAUUUAAAUUAAAGGCUAUUUUAUGCCUAAUUAUGUUGUUGAGCCUUCUCGUCCAUGAGGGGCAUCCACCGAUCAUCGUCGGCGUCUGCGGUUCCUCCAAGGGCAUAGGCCACCUACGAGAGACCUCCAGGCAUCUCUAUCCUGGGCCAGCUUCUCCAGGAUCUUCCAUUCAUGGCCAAUUUUCUUGAUGUCUGUCUCCAAUUCUCGGCGCCAAGUGUUUCUUGGACGGCCUCUUUUCCGCUUACCCUGUGGGUUCCAUUUCAGGGCUUGCUUUGUUGUGUUAGAAGCAGGUUUUCUUAGUGUAUGACCAAUCCACCUCCACCGCUUCUGGAGAAUCUCUUCCUCAAUGGGUUUCUGUUUUGUCCGCUGCCACAGUUCCUGGUUGCUGAUUUUGUCUGGCCAGUGAAUUCUGAGAAUCCUUCUUAGACAGUUGUUGAUGAAGGACUGGAUUCUGGUCAGGUUUACGGCCGUUGUUCUCCAUGUCUCGGCUCCAUAUAGCAGCACAGGUUUUACCAUAGCGUUAAAAAUCCUUACUUUUAACUUGCUGCCUAAGUUGUUAGAGACCCAAACAUUCUUGAGUUGUUGGAAGGCUGCUCUUGCUUUUCCUAUCCUUAUUUUGACGUCCGCAUCUGUACCACCUUGUUUAUCUACCAUGCUGCCAAGGUAAACAAAACUGUCCACCUCCUCAAGGGCUUCUCCUUCAAGCAUAAUGGGUGAUGUACUGGUGGCAUUAACCUUGAGGAUUUUACUCUUCCCUUUGUGAAUGUUGAGACCCAUGCUAGCAGAAGUGGCUGCGACAAUGUUUGUUUUCUCCUGCAUCUGUUGUUGGGUAUGUGCAAGAAGUGCAAGAUCAUCAGCAAAGUCAAGAUCAUCCAGUUGAUCCCACAAGGUCCAUUGGAUGCCAUUUCUUUUCUGCUGUGUAGAUGUUUUCAUCACCCAGUCAAUGGCUAACAGGAAGAGGAAUGGUGACAGCAAGCAACCUUGUCUCACACCAGUCUUCACCUGGAAAGCAUCUGUCAACUGCUGGCCAUGGAUAACUCGGCAGUUUAUCCCUUCGUACAUGUUUCUGAUUAUAUCAGUAAUCUUCUGUGGCACCCCGUAAUGCCUUAGCAAUCUCCACAGGGUUUGCCUGUCAACACUGUCGAAGGCUUUUUCAUAGUCAACAAAGUUGACAUAGAGCGGCGAGUUCCACUCUAGUGACUGCUCUAGAAUGAUGCGCAGUGUCGCUAUCUGGUCCGUGCAGGAUCUGUUGGUGCGAAAGCCGGCUUGUUCGUCCCGCAACAGAGGGUCUACAGCGUUUUUCAUCCUGUUAAGUAGUACACGGUUGAAAACCUUUCCUGGGAUGGACAGCAGGGUGAUCCCUCUGUAGUUCGAGCAGGAGCUUAAGUCUCCCUUCUUUGGGAUCUUGAUAAGGUAUCCCUCUUUCCAAUCGGAAGGAACUUGCUCCUCUUCCCAUAUCUUCAUAAACAGAGGGUGUAGCAUUUCCACACUGGUUUCCAGGUCCGCCUUCAGUGCCUCUGCUGGGAUGCCAUCAGGUCCCGCAGCCUUUCCAUUUCUGAGUUGUUUAAUGGCCCUGCUAAUCUCUUCUUUGGUGGGACUAUUACAGUCAAUUAGCAGGUCAUUAUCGGCUGGUUGGAUAUCUGGUGGAUUUCUUGGUUCAGGCCUGUUCAGGAGCUCUUCAAAGUGUUCCUUCCAUCUCCCUCUCUGUUGCUCCUCACUUGGUAUGGUGUUUCCCAUUUUGUCCUUCACUGGUCUCUCUACCUUGCUAAAUUUCCCUGACAGCGUCUUAAUGGUAUCAAACAGUUCCCUCAUGUUCCCCUGGUGAGCUGCAUCCUCUGCUUCUUUAGCAAGUUUAUCAACAAAUUCCUUCUUGUCCCUCUUGAUGCUUUUCUUAACUUCCUUAUUUGCAUCUGCAUACUCCUUCUGGGACUUGUUUUUCUGUGCUCGGGUGCGGCUGUUAUUCACUUCUGAUUUCUUUCUUUUCCUUUCUUCUAUUUUAUUCAGCGUACCUGCUGUCAUCCAUUCUUUGUGUGCCUUUUUCCUGUUUCCUAGCACUUCUUGACAUGUUGACUGGACUGUUUCUUUCAUGCUUUGCCACUUUCCUUCGGUGGUUUCAUCUUCAAGUAUUUCUUGUAGGACUUGGAACUUAUUGAAUAGUGAGAUUCUGAAUUCUUCCUUUUUGGCUUGGUCCUUCAGGAGGGAGGUAUUAUACCGAGUCCUGUAUGCUGUUUGCUCGGUAUAAUGUCUCUUUAGUUUUAAUUUCAUCCUGGCCACAAGAAGAUGAUGAUCUGAGGCAAUAUCAGCUCCCCUCUUAACACGUACGUCUUGGAGAGAUCGCCUGAAUUUUUUACAAAUACAUACAUGGUCUAUUUGGUUCAUCGUUCUCAUGUCCGGAGAGACCCAUGUAGCUUUGUGAAUCCUCUUGUGUUGGAAAAUGCUCCCCCCUAUGACCAGGUCAGCUGUGGCACAUAGGUCCGCAAACCUCUCACCAUUGUCGUUCAUCUCGCCUAUCCCUUGCUGUCCCAUAACCUCUUCGUACCCUGUGUUGCUAUUGCCGAUCUUGGCAUUAAAGUCUCCCAUGAGGAUGACAAUGUUCCUCCGUGGGCGAUCCUGGACUAUGGUCAUUACUCUAUUGUAGAAUUCUUCCUUGUCUCCUUCAUCACUUUCAUUAGUUGGUGCGUAGCAUUGUAUAACAUCUAGGUUGAUGCUACGUUUCUUUGUUCGAAAGGUUGCUAAAAGAAUUCUAGGUCCAUGGGCCUCCCAUCCAAUGAGUGCUCCUUGUGCUGCCCUUGAUAGCAUCAUAGCAACACCCAGGGUAUGUGGGGCAUUGUCUUCUUUGUGUCCCGAAAAUAUCACCAUCUCUCCUGAGAUUAAUCUCUUCUGCCCCCAUCCAGUCCAUCUUGCUUCACUAAUUCCGAGAAUGGUGAGCUUAUAGCUCCUCAUCUCAGCGGCUAUUUGUGCCGCUUUACCAGCCUCGUACAUGGUGCGGACAUUCCAAGCGCCAAUGACGGUGGUAGUCCUGGUAGAGAUGAUGGUUGUCGGCUUAAUAGCUUCCAGAUUUCGGCUUUCACUAUUAGGCGUCAUAUUUUCCUCCUCAAGGAAUCCAUCCUCUCCCAGGACUGAAAUGUCUUUUGUUACUCUUUUCGGUGCUUUUGUAACUAUGAUUUUUUCUUAAUAGCUUCCAGAUUUCGGCUUUCACUAUUAGGCGUCAUAUUUUCCUCCUCAAGGAAUCCAUCCUCUCCCAGGACUGAAAUGUCUUUUGUUACUCUUUUCGGUGCUUUUGUAACUAUGAUUUUUACAUGGCAGGGUUGUUGGCCUUGCGCACAACCACUUGGGGGGUUGCCCCUCACAGCUCAAUGGGUAGCUGCCUUUGUUCGGGUUAGGUCCCUAGCCUUUGUGGAUCCCUCCACUUCCUACAAGGCAGUAGGGCUGAUUUUGGUCUGCCCCGGGUAUUUUAUUUCCCCGGUACCCUCCAUAUCUGGCGGGCUUUCCCCUAUCCGCCGGCUGGGGAGGCGCUCGAUAGAAGAUCAGCAUCUCCCACGAGAUGCCUAAUUAUACAAAAUAGAAAUAAAUAAGUAUAUAUUCAAAAAUAUUACUAAAGGUUUCAUAAUUCUCUUUCUUUACAUUUGUGUCCAUACAAGUGAAUAAUGUUGUAGACUAUUUUUAUUUUGUCAAUGAUGACAAUGUUUAUCAGCAUGAUAAUGAGGAAUUUCAAUAAAUGAAUAAAUUGAAUAAGCUAAUUUUUAUAUUAAAAAAAAUUUAAAACAGAAAUAAUGAUGGAAAUCUCUAGGAUUUUUUUCCCCACAAUAGUAUUUACCUUUGCCUAUGACAACUUUUAUGAGCAUGAUAAUGAUUAAUCAAAAUAAAUCUCACAAAUAUUAACAUCCCUUUAUUUUAUUCCACAAAACUAUUUACCUUUACCUAAGACUAAUUUAAAUUAGAUUUUUGGAAAUAUUGGAUGAGCAGGUCAUCAUGCAGCUGUGACUGUGAGCAAUGUUUGCAGAGGAUUAGUCGUAUAUCAUACGACGAUAGCAAGACGUUGAGCAAUAAUUAAUAUUGGAUUACCGACCAACAAACAGCGAGUGACUGUCUGACUUAUGGUAGAUGACUGAAAGCCUCAGUCACUUUGACCCAAAGCCGAAAUUUAAUUUAUCAGUUUCGGACGAAAACAAAACUAUGCAAAAAGUGACCAAACAGGAACUUUCUGGACCAAAACCAUAAUUCAAUCGCCCUCUUAUACAAAAUGCCAUCUCUUCAUUCCGUUAAAAUUUCAUCAUUAUUUAUUGUAUUACACCAAUGAUUAUUGAUUUAAGAUUCAGAUUUUUAUGUCAGCAGUUUCCUGAGAAACAUUAUAGAAUUAUUGUUUUUAAUUUCUCCAUUCCAGUCACCUAUUUUUUUCCAUACUUAUUAUCUUCCAGGCGGAAACAUUAUUUAUGUAUAUCAGCCCCAGCUAUGCCCCUUCCUGCCACCCCUCCAUCUCCUGGUCCAGGAGCAUAUGAGACAAGAAACUUUGAGGAGGUCCCAAAGCACUACAUGUCCAGCUCAGGAUUUGUGUCAACAACAGGACGUUGGACUGGCCAGGGUCAAAAUGCAGACUUGCCUGGUCCAUGUAAGUACUUCUCCUUCAAACUGUAAAUAGAUCUCUAACAACAUUUAUUUGACAUUCUAAAGCAAAAUCAUUUGUUUAAAUGGUAAUAAUUCUCACCUUAACCUACGAACUGUGCUGGUUACUAUUCUGUAAUGUGCAGGCAAUUUAGAGCUUUUUGGGUGCCUUUGAAAAAGGUGAUUACAUUCAAGUAACAAAGCAUGACAUACAUAAUAUAAACAUUAAUACAUGGCAAGAAACAGAUUCAAUUUAAAAAGCUGCUAUUUAAAUAUUUAAUCCAUAAAAUGAAAUAUAAGAAAACACAUAGAAUAACAUCCAAUUAUUUUUUGUUGGAACAAAAUCACCUGCAACAUAUUUUUGAAUGAGUCCUGUUGUUGCGGCAACGCCUACUCGCUCUUGGCGUAGGUCUAAAUCAUCAGAAAUUUCCCUUUCUGACCCACUAGAAAAAUAAUCAUAAUUAUCAUUGUCUUCGUGUGUGAUCGGAAAAUCAUCUUCCGAAUCACUUAAGUCAUUAGCUAAGAAGAAUUAUCAAAAAGAUUCCUGAUUUAUUUUGUAAGCUAGAUGGUCCAGCUAUGGCCUCAUCCAUUUCAAGAAAAUCUAAUUACAUAAAUUUGCUUGAUAAAGAUCGUUGUAAAAAUUACUAAAAAUUUAAAAAAAAAGGACACAGAAGAGCCAAAAAUGGAAGUUUAUUUAUUAAUAAAAGGAAGUAGUUUUAUUUAGUAGAAAAUAUUGGACUGGAAGUUGUUUUUUCAACGCAAUUUUUAUCGGCCGAUUUCAUUGCCCGACACAGUACAGGAAGAGGAACUCGGCCGACCACAGUUCGUGGGUUAAAGUGAAAUAUUUAGUAAUUAAAUAAACUUGAAAGACAUGCACUCAUAUUUUGUUAAACCAUUGCUUACAGCUCACUAUCGUCCAGUGCACUUAGGAAAACAGUCUUUUAUUUUCAACUCUGCAAGGAAGUGGAUCUAGCAGGGAAAUUUUAGCCAGUCAUUACAAUGAAUCAAUUAUAAACCUGCAGAAAAGACCUCACAAAACAUUUUAAGUUUUAUAGGUACGGCAACUAUCUUUAUGUUGACAUCUUAUUGUGCGGUCAAUGGUGAUUGCUUUCUUGUCUUCCUCUGUUACCUACCACAGUGUCUACUCACUUGUCUUUUACGUUGGCAUAUGAAAAUAUUUGUUCUUUGCUCUCAUGCUAAUUAAAAGGAAUUCAUUUAUCAUUUUGAUUUUGGAAGAGACUGGCACUACUACUAAAUGUAAAAAAAAAAGUUAAUGAAGAAACUAUAAAAAUAAAAGUAGGUCUUUGCGAGAAUUCAGUGUAUAAGAUGAACAUUAUUAUGUAUAAAACAUUACAUUAAGAACGAAAGACUGUGAGGGCGCAACCAAUUUUUAAAUGUAUUAUUGUUUAUCUGUGAUAAAAAUCUAUUGCAAUUUCCAUUAUUUAAUUUAGUCAAUAGUUAACUGUAAAGUUUCUGCCAAAACAUUUCAUAAUGCAAAAAUAUACUUGUGAAUUAAUAAAGGAAGUAUUGUUUGUAAAUAAUUUCUUAUGUUAUUAUAAAUUUGUCAGAUAAAUAAAUAUAUUUAAUAAUUAAGAGUGUUUUAAAACUGUCAUUAAUGUAAAUAUAUUAUUGGUACCUUCUCUGAGCAACAGUCUCUUGGUUAAUAAUUGGACUGAAGUAAUAGACUUUUAUUGUCAUGAAGCCAGUAUUAUGGAUUUUAUAAAACUGAAGGCUAUCUUAGAAUGCCUGCAUGUUGAUAACAAAUAAAUUGCAUGUUCUUUCUUUAGCAUGACAAAUUUGCUACGAAGAAGUUCAUGUUUAAUUUUAUAAAUAGAUUUAAAAACUAGAGGGCUAUAACUUGAAUCAUGUAAUUUUAAAAAUAACAUCAGGUUGUUGCUUAGUAACUUAGUAUGACUAGCAACAGAGUGUCUGCAAACCAUUUGAAUUGGGUAUUACAUGUGAAACUUUAACAAGUGGAAAUCAUCUGUUUCUUUGCAAGAAAUGGCAAAGAUGAAAGAAUAGUCCCAUAUUGAUGAUAAAACAAUAAACAAAUGACAUCGACAGCUGGGAUAAACAUAACUUUUAAUUAUCACUUAAUAAAUAUCUUCCUUUAAUCAAAGUCAUGUACAGUCAUGCAUAAAUCAGACAGGUGCGUUUGACAAACCUGACUGCCCUGACAGGUAAAACACAUUUAACAAUGAAUAUUUUCUUUUAAGUUUUAAACAAAUAUUGAAAUAUUGACAAAUUAUUAAGCCAGCUCCUAGAACUACGAUCUAGAACCAAAAUCAAUUGUAAAAAAAUAUAUGACUAUAAAAAAACUGACCACAUACAUUUUGUAAAAUUAAAUGUUAAAAUUUUCUAGAUUUGAAGUAAAGUACAGAACUUCUUAAAUGUAUUAAACUAUCAUUCUCUGAAGUUAUGAAAAUCUCUAUAUAAAAAAACUUCAAAAGAAAAAACAAAAUUGAGGUACAUUUUUUCUCUCCACAGUUUAUGGCAUGUCAUAAUAAAUAAAUAAAUUUUCUUACACCUGCAGAGAUUAGUGUGUAACUGAACUGUCUAACAUUUUCAUUAGCUAGUCAAAAUGAAAUUAAAAACAAUAUUUUGUUGUUGUUAUUCUUUUAUUCUCUUUAAUGUCCAUUGUCAAAUAGUAAAAUAUGCUCUACAAUAAUUAAAUAGCAAUCACUCGGGAACAUUAAACAAUUUGUUAUUAAAAAAAACCCCCAUGAAUUUGAUUAAUCCCAUACAUCACGCCGUCAUGAGAUGUCAUAAUUUAAAUGCAAUUAUUUAUUCUCGUAUAUAAAACUUUUCUUUUAAUUUGUCCUAGAAAAUGUAUUUUGAUACAAUUAAAAAAAGAAAAACUAAGAAUUGAUUCGUUUGUGCACAUAUUGAUUACAUUCUGUAAAGUUUUCAUGUGAGUCUACUGAUAUAAAAUUGCCAACUACGUACCAAUCUAUACCAUUAGUGUUUCAAAGACAGUGCGAUCAAGCCCGUUGUGCCAGUAUUUCUCCUCACACAAGUCAAGCCUAAUAUCACUUACACAACAAAUAACUUUGGCCAACUCUGCCAGUUUUUGCAGAUGCCUAUCACUUUUCUCUGUCGUUUCAAUGCCACUGAACAUAAUUCUAUCUGUUCACUAACUACCUAAUAGACUUAUCAUCUCUCACAGGUAGCAUCCAUUUCUUGAAGCUCUGUUGAGUUUGUAAUAUAGAUGGGUGGUAUUUUACUUUGAGUGUGUAUUACAAAAGGAGUUAAUUACAAGCAACUUCUUAAAGAAGAACCUGAAAGACUAGAAUCCCAAGAAGAUACACAUUUUUGUUUUCUUCUCUUUACUUACUUUAAUCAAAAAUAAAUCCAGUGAUGAAAAUGACCCCAGAGGUUAAACUUUUUAUUCAUUGCAACAUAUUUAGAUAUUGGUCAUGUGACUUAUGUAUGGAUCUUUCAUUGAAGAACAUGAAGGCUUAAGUUGUUUUGACAUAUAUUUGUUACAUUUAUAGCGUAAAACAGCAAUUAAUGUAUUUGAUCUCAUCUAGUUCUUGGUUAUGUGUCCACUUUUCAGCUGAUUUGUUUUAGCUGAAAUAUAUUUAUACUCUUACCAUAUCACAGCAAGUCGGCAGAAAACGUAAUGUAAAAUAUAGUCAACUACUAGCAAAAUCUGAACGCUUUGGCACAUAUGUUUUAUGCGGUACCUGGAAAAUCAACAUAUUCAAAUACCGUAAAACUUUAAUUCAUCUUUAGUUAUACUUUUAUUGGUAUUGUACAGAAACAGGGUCUAGUUAAAUUUUAACGGUGAAAAUGAAUUAAAACUCUGUUCAGUUUGUCCCCCUUUUAUUAGGUGGAAAAACUCAAAUGAAAAGGAAAUCCCAUUGAAUUCCCAUGAAAUGCUCUGCAGGACAUUGAUGUCUCUAAUUUUGUGCUGAUGUCUAGUUGAAAUAGAUCAUCAAAGGAAGGACUUCCAAAACAAUACAGUACAAUACACAGCAACAGAAAAAGAUGCUUUGAACACUUCACAACCAUUCCUCAAUGAUAAUAUUUUAGACCCUUGACAAAAAAAAAAAAGGUUUCUUCAUGAAAAAGACCAAUCAAGAACAAAAAUGAAACAUCGCUUUAGGCAUAAAACUUUUCUACAAUGUUAAUAUCCAUAUGUUGAAGUAGAAAUAAAAAAAAAAAUCAAUGAAAAAAAAAUUAAAAAAUAUAUAUUUGUAACAUUGCAGUCAACAACCAUGAUGAAAUGUUUUGAUACAUUUUCUUUACAUAAUAGGCUAAUAAUUUAAAAUGAUUGUUAAAAAACCAACUCUCGCAUUUUUGACACUUGUUAACAUGUCACUGGCACGUCGCUAUGGUUUCAUCACGUUGCUAUUGUUUUAAUCACUUGCAACUUACCAUCAAUGUACUGUUAUUGAUUGUUGUAGCUGAAUCUUAGAUACACAAUGUAUAGUAUUGUAAUAAUGUAAUACAGGGCUGAAACCGAUAUG